CUCCCGGAGGGGCGGGGCAAGACAGGACAACAGUUGAUAGACAUGGAAGGGACCCUCCUACCCAGCUUGGCUCUCAGCCCGAAAAUGACCACCAGGGAAUCGCCCAAGGUCUGCAAUGCCCAGCGCGGAGACCGCUGGCCCAGGAGGACUCUCGUCAACUCCGAUAUGGCUUUGACCCGCGGAACCCUGAAAAAGGGCUUCUUUUGCAAUGACACCACCAUUGGAUACCCCCGAGUGGCCCAUUACAUCAUCGAAGACUCGGCACUCAUAAAGAUGGGCUUCUUCAUCUCCAUCUUCACGAUCAGCCUGGGAGAGUUGAUUCGUGUCAAGCUCUUGCAGCUGAGCUCGCCAGCCUUCAUGAGCGGCACUUACACGGCCAUGAUCUACAAGCAGCUGGGCACCUUCAUUUUUGGCGGCCUGGCCAGCUGCUCCCCGACCAGCAUUGCCAAGAUGACCACAGGUCACCUGCAGCCCCACUUCCUGGCCACGUGCCUGCCUGACCCAGCCUCCUUUGACCUCGAGAGCAGCUACGUCACCAACUACACCUGUACAGGGCACCCCGGAGACGUCCUCGAUGCCAGGAAAUCCUUCUAUUCUGUGGACGCCUCCAUCGGGAUGUACUCCAUGGUGUAUUUGGUGAAGUGGAUCGCACACAUCGGAGCCAGCCCAGAGCACCUGGGCACUGUGGUGGGCAGACACAACGACACAGAAGCCCUGGCCACAGUGCACGUGAUGCUACACGGCUGCCUUCACACCAGCAACGUUUUCUUCCUGAAAGGCAGCCCAUUCGACUGCCAGCCGGCCCCCCUUUUUUUGAAAGACAAAGUAACAAAGUAACUACAGUCUCCUGUAGUGAUAGCAGGGCUUUGGAGCUGGAAUGUACAUGCUCUAGUCCCAGCCUCAACUGUGUGUGAUAUUGGGUGAGACACUCAAUGUCCUUGGGCCUCCAUUUCCUCAUCUGUAAAAUGGGUGUGGAAAUAGCGCUUGCCUCCUAGGGUUGUGGUUUCAUGAGUUAACACAUAAAUGAGCUGACUCGCUCAAAGUAUUUAGAACAGGAUCUGCCCUAAAGGUCACUAUUAUCAUUAAUAGCAGGCAAAACAGACUCCCUCCGUCCCAGGGGAGCAUGCCAACAACGCCAGGAGGUGCACAGACCGACCACACACAGCUAGGAGUCAGGCCUUCCCCUGAUUUUAUGGACCGAAUGGUCAACUUUGUGAACAGAAUGUUCUGGGUCUCGGGGAAUUCCCCCACCUUUUUUUUUCUGUUUUCCAUUUCAAAACCAAGAGCCCAAACUCUGCUUUUUGAGGGCCCCCUGAUGAGGCCAACCUGCUUCGAUUAGAGAUCUGACACUGGCAGAAAGUGGCAGUGCCGGGUCACAGUAUGAGCGUAUCCAGAGGGCCUCACCUGACUCUUGGGAAAUCAUUCACCAUCUAACAAUUCUCCCAAUAUUAAUAGCAUGAAGUUCUCUUACAAUGAUGGUUUCGGGGGCCACAGCCCCUACCCUCUUUAGAGGCUGAAAUCCAUUUCCAUAUAAAACUGACAGGCUCAGACAGGCCGGUGGGCACAAAAACGCAGCUGCGGGGUGGAGUCCCUCUGGAUAUCUGCUCCCAGGGUUUCAAGGCGCUGCCCACCCGCCUUCCAGCUCUAUGUACAGGCCAGUUCCUGGGGACAGAAAAUCUGGCUCUUAUGGCCCACCAUCCAGCUCCUUUUCUUGUCCUUGGCUACAUCCGGGUCUUGGACCA